GCAGAUAGCGAGGGGACACGCCGACCCGUGAUUUUUUCCAGAUCAGAUCCGACAGCUCGCCUUCCCGUCUUUCCCUCUCCCCCACACCCACCCGGGCCGGUCGUCGUCGUCGCGGCGUGAGCGAGCGAGCGAGCGAGCGGGGAAAACCCAAAACCCUAGCGCCCACCGCCCCGUCGCCCCGUCGCCGGCGGCCGCCAGAGUAGAGAGAUGGCGGUGGACGAGGUGAAUUCGGUCUACGUCGGCGGCCUUCCCUACGAGGCCAACGAGGAGAUGCUUCGCGACGCCUUCGGGUACUACGGCACCAUCGUCUCCGUCAAGGUGAUUAAUGAUCAUUCUGUCAAAGGCAAGUGUUAUGGUUUUGUUACUUUCACUCACCCCAGAGCUGCUGAGCAAGCAAUUGCAGGCAUGGAUGGCAAGAAAUUAGGCAAUCGUAUUGUUCGAGUAAAUGAAGUGCGUACAAGAGGUCCCCGAGAUUUUGGUCGAGAUGGUUUCAGACGAGAUCCAAGAAGGUAUGGUAGAGAUCCAUACUGGGACAGAAGGGAUAGGGAACGGAGCUAUGAUCGUGAAAGGGAUCCCUACCAUGACAGGGAUAGUGAUAGAUCCCGUGAGCAUGAUAGAGAAAGAGAUUAUGAGCAUGGUGGCUUUAAUCGAGAAAUUGACUAUCCCAUGGAUCGAGAUCAUGAAGUAGACGAGAGACGUCCUAGAGAACAUGAUCGUGCAGCUGAAAUGCAUAAUAUGGAUUCAGAUAAUGACAAAGAUAGGGAGCAUGGAACAAGAAAAAGGUUCAGCCGCCCGAAAGGUCGUGAUAGCAGAGAUUUAUCGAGUUCCAGUGAUGAUCUUCAAAAUGAUGGAAAGCACCAGUUGGAUAAAACUAUUCAGAUGCGUGAGGACCUUGAAAAUGAGGUUAACCAGAUUAAGGAUAAAAUAUCUGGAAAAGAACAGCACAUUGCAGAUUUGCAGAAGAAAGCUCAGAAAUUAGAGGAUGAACUGGAUGCCGCGCGGAAAGUCUCUUCAGAACGACAAUUAGCUGUUACAGACCUGUACAAACAUUUUCUUCAACUUCAAGACUACAACGAUAGGGUCAAAACGGCUGAACAGAGGCUGCAGUCUCUUGUUGAUGCUGCCAUGGUCGAGCUUGACAUAGCCGAAGAUGCUACUACCAGAGAUGGCUCAAUGUAUGAGAAUGGGGUGGUCUGAACACCCAAAAGGGCUGCCAGCUGUCAUGGGUUGUGAGGCUACUAAUUUGUUAGACUUGUAGUUUGGAUUUGCCAUGUAAUGAGAACUGUACUGUAACUAGAAACAGAAAAUGUUAUGUAAGGGGCCAGAAAAUGAGUGGCUGCACAUUUUUCUAUUUCUUUCCAAGUUGAAUUUAUUAGCCGUCCUGACUAUUGCUAUACGGUGUGAUGUGACCGUGAUAUGUCAGCUGUUCUGUUGAGCAAGGUUGUGUUCA